AUGCCAACUACCCCUGGCGCAGGUAACCUCCACAGUGCGACGCAUGAAAUCGAAGAUAUUAAGGCCACGGUUAUUAGAAAAGCAAUCGUCAGUCACUUAGACUGUCCGAGCGCAAUGAAGGUUGUUGAAAAACCUCAGAUCUCUCAUGCCGUUCAUUUUGCCUGUCAUGGUAUCUCAAAUAGUGAACGUCCCUCCGACAGUCAUCUAAUCCUCCGAAAAGAUGAUGGGACAGAUCUGGGGACACAGGAUAGGUUAACUGUUACGGACAUAUCAAAAGCAAAGCUCCAAAAUGCUCAAAUUGCAUAUCCCUCUGCCUGUUCGACUGCAGAGAACUCUUCCAUCAAGCUUUCAGAUGAAAACAUCUACAUUGCUAGCGGUUUUCAGCUCGCAGGUUUUAGUCAUGUUCUCGCAACUCAAUGGGAGUCGAAAGAUACUGCUUGUCGACAGGUUGCAAGAGAUUUCUAUCGAUUUUUAUUCAGUGACCAGCUUGGUGGAUCCGGGGGUGGUGAGAGUGAGGACAGUCAUCGAAAGGUCAGCGCUGCACUUCAUAGCGCUGUGAAAAAGCUACGAGCUCAGAAUCUCGCGCAACCUCUCAAAUGGGCACCUUUUAUCCACACCGAGGCCUAG